UCUCCGGUAAAGUGGCUCCUCGUCCUUAACGGACAAAGAACUCUACACCACAGAAGUGAUGUCCUAGAGACGGUGGUGCUCGUCAACCCUUCGGGAGACACCGUCGUAUCUGAGAUCCAGUCUCUAGUCACAGACUCAGCAGGACACAAGCUCCUGGUCUUGAGUGGUCAGAGCUCGGAUCACGGCGGCCUUCUCCUUCAAACUGGGGUUUUCACCUACCAGACCUUUUCAUGUGUCUUUGCUGAUCCUGGGGUCAGUGAAUUAUUGGGCACAGCAGCCCCCAAGCAGCAGGCCACACUUACUGUGUCCUGCCGCGGGGAGGUGGGCUGGAGCUCCCUGGGACAGCAUUCGACCCUACGGGAGUUCCUGGAAUACAGACUAAACCCUGACCCUGUCCUCCCCAAGAUGGAGGGUGUCACAGAGUUCACAGAGUACAUCUCUGAGACAGUCGAUGUCCCUUCACCGUUUGACCUCUUGGAGCCACCCACCUCUGGGGGCUUCCUGAAACUAUCCAAACCAUGUUGCUACAUCUUUCCCGGCGGACGCGGAGACUCUGCUCUCUUCGCUGUGAACGGCUUCAACAUCCUUGUAGACGGAGGCUCGGAGCGGAAAUCCUGCUUCUGGAAGCUGGUCCGUCACUUGGAUCGUAUCGACUCGAUUCUGCUCACACACAUCGGUGCUGACAAUCUCCCAGGUAUCAACGGACUGCUUCAGAGGAAGAUCGCAGAGCAGGAGGAGGAGCAGUCUCAAGACUCCACCAACUACAAUGAAUGGAUGAAGAACCUGAUCUCUCCUGAGCUAGGUGUGGUAUUUUUCAAUGUGCCAGAGAAGCUGCGCAUGCCAGAAUCUAAUCUCAAAGUAAAACGCAGCAUCGAAGAGGCCUCCCUGACUUUGCAAUACCUUAACAAACUAGGAAUCAAGCCUGAGCCGCUCUUCCGAGUGGUCAGCAACACCACUGAGCCCAUCACUCUGUUCCACAAGAUGGGAGUGGGCCGGUUAGACAUGUAUAUUCUCAACCCUGUUAAAGACAGCAAAGAAAUGCAGUUCCUAAUGCAGAAAUGGGCUGGCAACAGCAAGGCCAAAACUGGUAUAGUGCUGCCAAAUGGGAAAGAAGGAGAAAUCUCUGUUCCCUAUCUGACAUCAGUUACAGCCCUUGUUGUUUGGCUCCCUGCCUGCCCUACAGAAAAGAUCAUCAGAGUGCUUUUCCCCGGGAAUGCACCACAAAAUAAGAUCCUAGAGGGGCUGGAAAAAUUAAAGCACCUUGACUACUUGCGCUACCCUGUAGCCACACAAAAGGACAUUGCCUCAGGCGCUCCUCCCUCUGUUAUUAAACAAACCAAAUUAAAGCAAAGGACAGAAAGUAAAGAGAGUCUCAGAUCGUCUCCGAAGAUGACGGCCAAGGUCUCAAAGAAAGAGACUGAAGGACAGGAUGAUGUGUCCGCUGCCACAGAGGCAAAGAGCGACUCAGUGAAGGAAAAUAUAUCAGAUAAAACAGAAGAGAAAAAGCCAACUAAAACUAUCAAAUCUAAAGCAGAUGUGCCGGAAAAGAAAAAACUCUUGAAAGAAAAAACACUAAAAAAGCACAUUAAGGAAAGGGUGUCGAAGAUAGACGAGAAAAAGGACAAGGAGAAGAAAGAGAUCAAAAGAGUUAAGAAGGAUGACUCUGCUAAAAAAGAUGAAAAGAAAGAUGCUAAGUCCAAAGAGGACAAAAAGAAGGACACUUCUAAACCUGAGCUGAGAAAGAUCACAAAGCCUGAUCUAAAACCUCUUACACCAGAAGUCAGGAAGACAUUACAUAAAGCUAAAGCUUCCAGUAAACCCAAGACUGGAAAAGUCAAAACCGCAAAAGCUGAACCUGCAGAAACGAAGAAAGAAGAGCCAAAACCUGAGACUAUUGAACCUGAACCAGUCCAGAACGGAGCUGUUGAAGCCACAUCUGCUCCUUCAACUCCUGAAGACCUCACUAAGGAGUUUGAAGAGUUAAAACAAGAAGACACAGUAGCAGAGCCAGCAGAGAGUAAUGAGGUUUCACUAGAGCCGACAUCACAAACCCAAGAGAUAGAGGAAGCACAAGAAGCUAUAGCUGAACUUCCACCGGGUGCAAAGUCUCCAGAAAAGGAGGCAGCAGCUGCAGAGGUUGAAGCUGAAGAGAAAGAGACAAAACAAGAAAAAGAAGAGGAAGAGGCUCAAAAGUUUGAGGACGAAGGAGCAGCAUCUCAAGAUGAGGAGGAGAAAGAAGAGGAGGCCCCUGCUGAUGAAAAGAAAAUAGAAAGAGAGGAAGAAGAAGACAUGGGGAUUGGUGAGGAGAUGGUGGGUGAUGAUGGGCUGGACAGGAAGCAUGAGAUAGAAGAAAUGGAGAAAUCAGAGAACCUUGCAGCCAAGCUUGCAACAAAAGAGGAGCUACAAAUGGAGGAAGAAGAGGAGGCCGUAGAGAAAGCCGAACUGGAGGAGGUUGAAGAUUUAGAUGUUAUAGCAGACGAAGAAAUCAAAGUCAAACCUGAAGAUGCAUCUGAACAACAAAUAGCCUCUGAACUUCUAGCUGUAGCUAAAGAAGAAGAAGAAGAAGAAGAAGAGGAAGGCUAUCUGUCACAUGUUGCUGGUGCUACAGCUCCCAUAACCUCAGUAGCUCAAGGAGCCGCUGCAGCCGAACCCAUCUCCUACAUCCAAGAUGAGACCAUCCCCGGCUACUCUGAGACAGAGCAGACCAUCUCUGACGAGGAGAUUCACGAGGAGGCAGAGGAAAGGAUACCACACCUUCAAUAUGAUGUUGGUGCUUACGACAUAUCAGUUCCAGAUCAGACUGGAUCAUUCGUAGACAUUCACGGCAUGAGGGAGAUGCAAGCCGCAGCAAUGGCAGACAAAGGCUUCAUCCCAGGUGUGCAGGAGCAAGUAUCAGUGUUCACCAACAUCAUCACAGCUCCUCUGGCAGAAGAAGAGCAUGUAUCUUCUGCAACGUCUAUCACAGAAUACGACAAAGUAUCCUCCUUUCCUACUUCUAUUGCUGAAGACCAGUCGGUGGCGUCAGCCGUAGCGGCUACAACUGAAGAGCCACCAAAAAGCCCCGUUACUGUGUCAACUUCUCCUGAUCAAGGCAAAGAGCAGCCACGCUCUGCAGGAACUCUUUCACCUCCUUCCUUAGAAGAUGACAAACAAACCAAGUCUCCAGCUGAUGACUUACAGCUUCCUAUUGCAGAAGUAAAGGUGGCUGCUAAAGCCCCAGAAGCUCCAGAAGAGGAGGAGGAGGAAGAAGAAGAGGAGGAAGACCAAACUCCCAAUGUUGACAUCUCUCUUGAGAAACUCCAACAGGGCUAUGCAAGCAAAGACAAGGAUAUGGAACCGUCAACUGGCACAGCGCCUCCAGCAGAAGACAGCAAACAAAUCCAUCUACCAGUCGAAGAGGAAAGUAAAGAUGCAGUUGCACCUAAAGAUGUUUCCUCUGUCGUGCCUACUAGACCUUUUGGAUCUGACUCAGUGACCUCAGAGAGCGAAGAACGCUGCUUCAGUCCAGAUGACAUCACUGUGAAAAUGGCCUCCCCUCCACAGUCCGGACCACCAAGCGCAACUCACUCGCCACUUCGUCAGUCACCAGUUGAAGACAAAACAAAAGCCACUCCUGAUAUAGAGGUACAAAAGCAAGAGGAGACCCUGGCAGCAACUGAGGAGAAAGCUAAAAAGACAGAGGAAGCAGCACCUGAGGUACAAGAAGAUGAAGGCAAGCAGAUUGCUGAUCAGAAGCAAGAGGAAGUUUCCAUACCUCCUGUCACAAAAGACGUGUCAGAGCCGAAAAAAGAGCCUACACUGGCAGGUAAAGAGGAAGACAAACAGGCAGACACAGCCCCUGUUGUUGCCAAAUCUUUAACAGAGGUUCAGCCACCUGUGCUAGACAAGGAACCUCUCCUGACGUCUACACAAAGUGAUGAAGUGGUUGACAAAGGGCUCAUCGAGGAAGAACCUAAAGUGCCUCUUCAAGGUAAAUUUCCAGAGAAGGAAGGUGGUUUCCUUGAUGAUGAUGAUGACAAGAAAGAUGAUGAUGAUCACCAUGAUGAUAAAUCCGCAGUUAAAACCAUUGAGGCAGAACAGGAAAAAGAAAAGGACGACACCUCGGAUGCCAUAAAACUCAAGGAUGAGCAGAAACAGGAAUCUGUCAUCCAGGCACCCAUCUCUUCUGCUGAGUCCACCACGGAUGAAAAAGCAGAGAAGGAGUCAGUAAAGGAUGAGAUUGCUGAAAUUAAACCUUCAAAAGAUGAAAAAACAGAAAAAGAAAUCAUCAAAGAUAAACAGACAUUGCCUGAAAGUGCUGAAAUCAAAACUACAAAAGAUGAAGAUGUUGAAAUUGUUGCUGCUGAGGCGAAACAAAUCAAAGAUGAGCCAAAGCAGGAAGAAACAAAAGAGCUUGACCUCAAGACCAAGGAGGGGGAGGUUAAAACAACAGAUGAAGUUAUAAAAGAGGAGAAGGGUGCAGAAAAGCUUGAGACUGUAGAUAUAAGUGACAUUAAAACUGAGGAGACUGAAAAAGUCCAAACCACAGAUAAAGAGCCUGCUAAAGACCAUAUCAAGGAAGAGGCAGAGAAGGAUGAUUUUCCCGUCACUGAGCCUGCAAAAGAUGAGCAGAAAGAAACUUCAGAUAUCAAAAUGAUGGAAGUUAAGCAAGAGGACAAAGAGAUGGAAAAGAUCGAUGCAUCUGCUACCAAGGCAGAAACAGAUAAGCCUUUGGAAAAAGAGAUGGAAGACAUCACUGCUGCUAAACCAAUCAAAGAAGAAGAAACGAUAAGUAAAGUCGAUUCAUCUGCUCCUACAACAGUGGAAAAGAAGCAAGAAAUUUCGACAGAUACUAUCUCAAGCAUCAGCCCCACUAAGACGGAGGAACUUGAAGCAAUAGCAAGUAAAGAAGAGAGUAUUUCUGCUAAGUCAUUGACGGAGCAAGAAAAAGAGGAACAAGAUGAAAGUUCUGACACAAAACUCCCAGAGGAUCAGGAAAAAGAUGUGACAACAAGCAAGGAUGAUGCAAACAUUGUUAAACUCACUACAGAAAUAGGAAAGAUGGACGACACAUGCAAAGAUGAUUCUGCAGAUGUAAAACUCACAGAGGCAGAGGAAAAGGAUCAGCUGCCAAGUAAGGAUGACACGUCUGCCAUUAAACCAGCUGCUGGAGAAGAGAUGGAACAAGAAAUAAGUAAAGAUGCAUUAAAACUUGACAAGAUAGAGGAGAAAGAUCAACUGCCAAGUAAGGACGAUGCUCCCAAACCAAGUGUCAAAGAGGAAAAGGAGCAAGAGACGAUUAAAGAUGCAUUAAAACCUGGCAAGAUAGAGGAGAAAGAGCAACUUCCAACUAAGGAAGAUGCUUCCAAACCAAGUGUUGAAGAGGAAAAGGAACAAGAGACAAGUAAAGAUGCAAUAAAACCUGGCAAGAUAGAGGAGAAAGAGCAACUUCCAACUAAGGAAGAUGCUUCCAAACCAAGUGUUGAAGAGGAAAGGGAACAAGAGACAAGUAAAGAUGCAAUCAAACCUGACAAGGUAGAGGAGAAAGAGCAACCUCCAACUAAGGAAGAUGCUUCCAAACCAAGUGUUGAAGAGGAAAAGGAGCAAGAGACAAGUAAAGAUGCAAUCAAACCUGACAAGAUAGAGGUGAAAGAGCAACCUACAACUAAGGAAGAUGCUUCCAAACCAAGUGUUGAAGAGGAAAAGGAGCAAGAGACAAGUAAAGAUGCAAUCAAACCUGGCAAGGUAGAGGAGAAAGAGCAACCUCCUACUAAGGAAGAUGCUUCCAAACCAAGUGUUGAAGAGGAAAAGGAGAAAGAGACAAGUAAAGAUGCAAUCAAACCUGGCAAGGUAGAGGAGAAAGAGCAACCUCCAACUAAGGAAGAUGCUUCCAAACCAAGUGUUGAAGAGGAAAAGGAACAAGAGACAAGUAAAGAUGCAAUAAAACCUGGCAAGAUAGAGGAGAAAGAGCAACCUCCAACUAAGGAAGAUGCUUCCAAACCAAGUGUUGAAGAGGAAAAGGAACAAGAGACAAGUAAAGAUGCAAUCAAACCUGUCAAGGUAGAGGAGAAAGAGCAACUCAGAAGUGAAGAAGAUACUACCAAACCAAGUGUUGAAGAGAAAAAGGAAGAAGAGGCAAGUAAAGAUGAGACAGUUGCAAUCAAACCUGAGAAGGAAGAGGAAAAAGAGCAGCUCAAACCAGCUGUUGGAGAAGAAAAGCAACAAGUGGAAAGUAAAAAAGACACAAUACUUAGUGAGGUGGAGGAAAAAGAUCAAAUCCAAAUUAAAGAUGAAACUCCCAAACUAACAGCUGGAGAAGAAAAAGAACAAGAGGAGAGUAAAGGAGAAACAACAGCAAUAGAAUCAACCAGUAUGGAGGAGGAGGUAGCAAAAGAAGUCCUCAAAGAUGCUGCCAAACCAGUCAUGGAAGAAGUAAAGGAGCAAGAAACACUUAAAGAUGCAGACACCAAACCUAUGAAGACUGAGGAAGAAGGGGUAAGGAAGGAAGAUAUUAAAAUAUCUGAGGAUGAAAUCAGUCCUAAAGAUGACAUAGUUGAACCCAAGCUACCCGUGCAAGAAGGCAAGGAGAAAGAGGUCAGUGAAGAUAUUUCUGCUGUCGAAGCAACAGUCAAAGAAAAGGAGAAGGACGAAACUUUGAAACCAUCAAAAGAAGAGGAAGUGACUGUUCAGGAUGCAACUGAAGCCAUCAAAGAAGAAAAAGACACAGUUAAGGAUAAAGUUUCUGAAAUCAAACCUACAAAAGAUGAAGAAAGCAAAGAGGAGGCUGGUGAAAAACUUCAGGCAGAUGAGGUAAAGAAGGAGGAGAUGAAAGAUGUGAAAUCUGAUGUAAUACUUGAAAAGGAAGAGGAAAAAGAAGUGAAGGGUAAAGAGGAAGCAAUGGAAACAGAGAAAGAAAAGAGCGACGUCUCUGAUGUUGCAAAAGAGCAGAAAGAAAAAGAUACAGAUGACAUAUCAAUAAAAACCAUAAUGGAGGACAAAGAGGUGAAAGAAAGUGUCAUCUCUGACAAACAAGAAGCGAAAGAACAGGCUAAGGCGGAUAUCUCUGAGCAGAAACCAAUUUUGGAGGAAAUACAAGACAAAGAUGCUGAAAAGAGGGACACAGAAAAGGAGAAAGACUCAAGUGUCGGGCAUCCAGAGGAUGAGAAAGAGACAUCUGAAGUUGAAAAAAUAAAGGAAGAAAUGAAAGAUGUCCAGCAGGGUAGCUCUGAAGCUGAAUCCAUCAAACAGGAGACAGAGGAGGAAAAGCACACUCUAACAUUUAGCACCAAAGAUGAGCAAAAAGGGCAAGAUGAUUCUUUAAAGCCAGAUGAUAAAAAAGAGGUAGCUCCUUCCACGUGUCAGACUUCAGAAGAGAAGGAAAGUAAAAAGGAUGAUAUUUCUGACAUUAGUGAUAAGCAUAUAGAAACCUCAGAUAUACUCACAGCGUCUCAGAAAGAGAAGGAAACUUUUGGUGACACAUCAGUAGAAGUGCAGCCAGACAUUCCUGCAAGUAUAUCAAGUGAGGCCCUGAAACCUGCAAAAGAUGACAUUUCUGCAGCCCCCAGCCAGACGCAAAAAGAAGAAAAAGAACAAGAUAAAGACGCAAAGGUUAUUACAAGUCAAGAAGAGAAGAUGGAGAAAGAAAAAGAUGAUGCACAUGUUGCUGAACUAAGCAAAGAACAGAAAAUGGAAAAGGAACAAGAAAAAGAUUACACCUAUGAAGACAUCAAAGAUGAAAAGACAAAACCAGAAGAUGAAAAGAUGCUUAAACAAAAGGAUGCCGCUGAUAUGAAAGCAGAAGAAAAGGAAAAAUAUGACUCCUCUGAUGCAGACCACACCAAAGAGGAGAAAUGGGAGAGAGAGGAGUUGCAAGAGAAAGAGCAGGACAAAGUAAUUAAGCAGCCUGCUCUGGCGGCAGUCGAAGGAGCAUCAAAGUCAGACUACAAACCUGCAUUUGUGCUCCAGUCCUCUGAUGAAGACAGGGAAGAUGAGGAGGAAGAGGACAUAUGUAUGGGAGGGGCAGGCUCCAGGCCUUUGUCAGUAGAGCCCAAAAAAGCAGAGCAGGAUUUGUCCUCUACAGGCCUAACCUCUUCACAAACAAGUGACCAAACUAAACCACCAGUUGUGCAAAAGAUCACAGUUGUAAUACCAACGCUCACAAUGCAGGAACCCUCUAUAGAUGAAGACAUCAGAGAAGAAUCCAGACUCUCACCUGGAGCAGGAGAAGAUGUGAAAACAGACAUCACACCUGCACCACUUGCCAAGCCAGAGCCCUGCUUUGAUACUGUCACAUCAAAAGAGGAGGCGCCCUCUGUUCCGAAACAGGAAACAUCCUCUGAUAUUCCUGCAGGUAAAGAAGAACCAACGUCAGACUCGACAGAGAGAAAGCCUGUGUUGUCGACAGUAUCCAGCACCGACAGCCAACAGAGGAGUAGUACUCUUUCCAGCACCGAGAGCCAGUCCAGUACGGAAGAAAUGUCUCAACAAGAGAAACAGAUACCGUCUCAAGCAAGCUCAAUCAUCAGUGCUGCAGAGAAGUCAAAGCUGGACGAGAAACCAGAAAAGGAAGCAGAGAGGGAGAUGGAAGGAGAGCGAGAGGUUGCGUCUCCUGGAGCCUCACAGCCGUGCUCUUAUUUCAUGUUGGAAAAGGACUCCAAGGACGUUGGAGCAGCAAAAAUGGAGAGCAUAGAAAAAUCAGAGAAGGAAAUUCUGACUAAAAGCCUUGAGGAUGAAAAGCAAACCUUUGCUGCAUCCAAGUAUGAUCCGUAUGAAAAGCCAGUUCCAAAAGAUCAAGAUUCAGACUCGAGAGAAGAAGCUGAAACUGCUCCAGGUUUUGACCACGCUUCAGAAAUGGGCAUUGAUGACAACAGAAGAGCAAGCCAGGUAGAGGCUGCAGGAGCCAUGUACCUCCUGGAUGAUCAGUACAAAGAAGAGCCUCUGUCCUUCAGUAGAGUGGACUACAGCACUGCCUCCCUCACAGAAAGCGAAAGAAUCAGCCACCACAGCCCAAGUGCCUCACCUAGUCAUGAAGAUAGAGAAAAGGGCCAGGAGGAGGAGCGCGAGCGAGAAGAAAGACUAGAAACACCUUAUGUUGACAAGAACUUUUCAUCCAUGGACACCCAAGAUAAUAAAAUGUCCCAGGCAGCUGAGUCUUAUUCUUUUAGUCCCAAAGAGGACAAACCAGAGAAAACAGAGAAAGAGAAAGAGGAUAUGAUGGAAGGUGCUACAGCAGCUCCACAAACAGUUGCAACUACCUGUGCUGCUGAACAACCAAUAGGUUCAUCGUUAAGACAAGAACCAGCCUCUCCAUCAUGGAGCCAAUCGGCUCUUGGACCCCAAGUUUUAGGUGCCACUGCAGCUUUCGGAGAACCGUCUGAUAAGAAAACAGAAAAGGAGAAAGAGAAAUCUGCUGAGUCGCUCAAAGACAAAAAGGAGUCCUCUGAUUAUGAAAGAGAGGGGUCUCCAUCAGGUCGGCGAUCACCUGCAGAAAAAGACAUUUUACCUCAAAAAGCAUCACCUUCAAAGGCAGAAGAAACUCCAGGUGUUUCAAGGACUGCAUCAGCAACUGGACAAGUCAUAGAUGAUAAUGUUCUGGCAUCUGACAAUAGUCAACUUAGCUGCUCUGCCUCUUCUAAAUCAGCGUUAGACUUUCCCGAAACAAAAGAGAGCCUGAUAGAUAAAAGACUACUCGUAGAAGGAGAAGAUUUUACUGUAGAUGAUGAUGAUGAUGAGGAUGAUGAGGAGGAAGAAGAGGUGUCUAGUGAUGUAGACGUGGAAAAGGGUGCCAGAGAACAAUCUGAAAAAGAAAUGUGUCGACGUGGAUCUGAUGAUAGCACUACAUUAGCAGAGGUGGAGGAUCCUAAUAAGAAGUCUCAGCUGCCUGAGGAAACAAUCUGUAAACCAACACCUGAUGAUGCCUCUGCUUCUAAAGUCCCAGAGGAUCAGAAAAAGACAACCCCGUCUCCUGAACCAAAGCUACUUAAAGAUGAUAUCAGUCUCAGUGAAGCCACUUCCAAACCUCCUGAGACGAAGACUGCAGAUGUGAGUAAAACAGAAUCAUCACUAGACCCAGGUGCUCACAAAGAAGACAAAAGCAGUUUAACAUCAGAUUCCAAGAAACUACCUGAAACAGAGAAACAAGAAGACACAGAAAGGAAGCCGCUGUCACCUGAGCCUGAUACAAAGAGAAGGUUGUCAUCAGCAGGCGACUCUACUUCCUCCACAGUGCUACAGUCUCAAAAAGCAGAUGAAGACAAACCGCCUGUGUCACCAAGCAUUUUGUCAAAGGAGUCUUCUCAAGCAACAUCAACAAGCAGCUUUGCAGGAAUCUCUUCUCCGCCUGACAGCUCUGACCCUGCGCCCAAAGCUACAUCUAGUUCCUCUCCUCCUCUGGAAGACAGCUAUGCAGACAUCGGACGGAGCAGAUCUGAUCCACCCCAACAUAAAGAUGAUACAUCUCUUAUCCAGAAGCACAUCAAAAAAGAGAGUCACGAUGAAAGGGGGGCAGCGAAACAUGAGGGAACUACCUCAGCUUGCACAUUCACAACCUUAACAUACUCAACUUCAACGUACUCCUCUACAUCGUACAGUUACUCAUCGUCUUCCACUUUGAGCCAACGCUCUGGAGAGACUCUCACGACAAUAUCAAGGGCUGAGGCGCCUCUUGCAAAAGAGGAGCCAUCACUGAGGAAAGAGUCUUCAAGCUCCUGCUUUGGAGGGUUUCAGAGAGAGGAGUAUAUGGAGGUGACGAUAAAACCGGCAGCAAAACCGUCCUCACCUGAUGAGACCAAACCAUUAUCUCCAGCUUUGUCUACCACUGCCAAGCAGACUGAGGAUCAAGCUAGUCCUCAAAAGCCUGAAAAGGACACAAAGUCAAGCACUGAUAGUUUUUAUAUGUUAGAGACCAAGACAACAAUAUCCUCCACAACAACAUCUAUACCAAGUGUUGAACCAGUAAAGGUAGCAGAGAGUACAUCCACGUCACAGGCUUGUUUUGAUGUCUCUCCUCUACAAAGGGCUGACUCCUCUGACAGGGAGUGCAAAGGGUCGGUACAAGAUGAGCCUGAUACACUUGAAAUGGAAGAUAGCACCCUACCAUGCCGCAUUGAAUGUGAAAAAAUCAAGGUUUCUGAGCAAAAAGAGACUUUGUCAUGUACUACUACUGAGUCCUAUCUGAAGGAAAGUUCCAUUCAAUCCACAGAGAAGACUGCGACCGUGACAUCAAUGACUGUUGUGUCCAAACCGACUCAAGAGACUUCAAAGUGUGAUAGUGAAUCUAGCAAAACCUCAUGUGCCACAGCAGACUCAUCCAAAUCAAAGGGAGAUAAAAUUGAGGAGGACAAAGAGGAAAAGACAAAAGGGGCCAUUAGUCCUUCAAAGGAAGACAAGGAGGGAAAGACUGCUAAAGAAGAAGUCAAGCAGACAAAGGAGGAAAAGACAAGUAGAGACAGUAUGGAGAAGGUGACGCCAUCCGAUCCAAAGUUGUGUGAAAAAGAAGACGUAAAGAAGGAAGCCAUAAAAGUUGAGGAGAAAAGCUUGCUGGAAAAACCAUCAGAGAGACUAGAGGUGAGGAGAAAGAGCAGCAUAUCUGACUGGGAGCUACUACAAAGGCCUGAAGACUUCCCAAGUGCCCCUCCUCCAGGUUACGGGGAUGAUGAUGAUGAUGAUGAUGAAGAGGCAGAGGAGGAAGCAAUGGAAUGGGUAACUGGUGGCCAUGGAACCACAGAAACUUCUAGCAAAAGACCAGCAAAGACUGAUCGUCCCUCUGACUUGAACACAGGAGCCACCUCGUCGUCUGCCUCCCACUCUGGGUUCUCCUCCUGCGAAUACAAACAUCGCAAAGGAGAACUAUCGCCAUCUUUCAUCAACCCAAGUCCACAUCCGCUCUCCAGUGAUGAAGGCGAAGAGGACGGCCACAGUGACCAUUCCCAAGAAGGAGGCGAGGAUGAUCAGGAGCAACACUCUGUGAAGAGGAGGUCGCACAAGCAGAGGCGCCACCAUCAGAGUCAUCACGGAGACUCUGGACAGGGGUCACAUCAGCUGCCUGGUGGUAUGUCUUCUGGCCUUGCUGUGACAUUAGCUGGAGAGGAAACACCGCCGACGUCAGUAAGUGAGUCACUGCCGACACAGUCAGACUCUGAUGUGCCGCCAGAGACCGAAGAGUGCCCGUCAAUAACAGCAGAAGGGAAUCUUGACUCAGAUGAAGAUGCUGAACAUCUACCAGUAGACAAAUUAUCUGCAUCUGGAACCACAGGAGGUCACCGUCCUCCAUCUCCAAGGUCAACUCAAAAGACUCACGAUCCCCUCCCCACUCCGAUGAAAGACCCUCAUCCCCAUCCUCCUCACCCAGAUGUGUGCAUGGUAGAUCCAGAGGCUCUACUCAACGACCACAACAGCACAGAGAAACUUCUAAAGAAGGAGCACAAGACCACCAAGGGCCUCAGGAAGAGCAAACCUAAGUCGGCUUCCCCAGCAAGGAAGAAUGAAGUCAGAAAGAGGUCCUAUACUCCAGUGAAGCAGACUUCCAAGGACUCUGCCUCCCCUCGAUCAGCCUCUCUCAGGAGGAAGGACACUGAUAGAAGCUCCAGGGUGACCAAGAUGUCUGAAACCCACAGUGUGAGGAGUGAGGUUGGAGUUAAAGGCUUGGUCAAUGGUGUCAAAAGCAGUUCAGUCAACAAUUCCCAGAAGACAAGCUCAGCUGUCCCCCCUGGACCACCGGUCUAUGUCGACUUGGCCUACGUGCCAAACCACUGCAGUGCAAAAAACGUGGACCAGGAGUUCUUCAAGAGAGUGCGAGCUGCAUACUACGUGGUGAGCGGGAAUGACCCGGGGAGCGGAGAGCCCAGUCGUGGUGUUCUAGAUGCCUUGCUGGAGGGCAAAGCUCAGUGGGGCUCUAAUUUACAGGUGACUCUCAUCCCGACCCAUGACACAGAGGUGACUCGGGAAUGGUACCAGCAGACCCACGAGAAGCAACAGGACCUGAACAUCAUGGUUCUGGCCUCCAGCAGCACCGUUGUCAUGCAGGACGAGUCCUUCCCUGCCUGCAAGAUCGAAUUUUGAGCUUCACGAGCUGCGC